GUUUUCGGCUUGCUUUCGGUGAUGACGUGAUGAAGUGAAUUCUUUUCUAAAUCCCUCCCGUUCAGGAAAGAGUCGACGCUGUCUGUACCGGCAAAGCAGAGCCCUUUCCCCAGGCCAAAAUAUGUCCGCCGCCGCCGCGUCAAGGCGUUUGGUUUCCGGUCUCCACCGCACCCUCUUGCUUUCCUCCAGAUCCUCCGCAGCAGCAGCAGUAGUCGUCACCCGUCCACCAUCUUCAUUUCAUCAAUUUCUGAGGGGAUUCACUGCCAGUUCCGAUGCUCUGCUUCAGCAGCAGCAGGAAAUUGUUUUGCCCACGCGAAUCAUCGAACCCAAGCCCGGCGCCAUGUCCCCUUCGUCCAAGCGAACGGGGCUCAUCGCCGUCAAGUGCGGGAUGACUGGGCUUUGGGACAAAUGGGGCGCUAGGGUUCCCAUCACCGUGCUCUGGGUCGACGACAACAUCGUCUCUCAGGUCAAGACUAUUGAGAAAGAAGGGAUUUUUGCCUUGCAGAUUGGUUGUGGCCAGAAGAAGGCGAAGCAUUUAACGAAGCCUGAAGUGGGUCAUUUCAGAGCGCAAGGUGUUCCUCUCAAGAGGAAAUUGAGGGAAUUCCCAGUCACUGAAGAUGCGCUGCUGCCCCUCGGCACUUCUCUUGGCGUUCGUCAUUUCGUUCCGGGCCAAUAUGUUGAUGUCACUGGAAUCACCAUGGGAAAAGGUUUCCAGGGUGGAAUGAAGAGGCAUGGGUUUAAAGGAGGGCCGGCGAGUCAUGGUGCAUCGUUAUCGCACAGAAGUAUUGGUUCUACUGGUCAGAGGGAUGCUCCUGGUAAGGUCUUUAAAGGGAAAAAGAUGCCUGGGCGUAUGGGUGGCAAGCAAAGAACGGUGAAGAACGUAUGGAUAUACAAGAUCGAUCCAGUUCGGAACUUGAUCUGGGUGAAAGGCCAAGUACCGGGAGCAGAAGGUAAUUUCGUGUUCAUAAAAGACGCGGUGUACAGGAAGCAUGAGAUUUCGUUGCUUCCUUUCCCAACGUAUUUCCACGGAGAAGGCACGGAGGAUACGUUGGAACCUUUGGUCGCGGACCUUGGAGACGUAGAUCCAUUCAUGCUGGGAGAUUAGCAACUUCUGUGAGCAAGCCCUAUAGGAAACCUUGGCUGAUUAGGAAUUCAGACAGCUCGUUCUUACUCCUGAUAAGUUUUGUUGUUCAGUUGAAAAACAAUCGUGUGUUGCCUCUAGGUGCCCCUAAGAGGGCAAAUAGUGUGAGUCAGAGGUGUAGGUACAUAAUUUGCAGCCUUUUGUUGUUCCGAUUUGAACAUGAAUAAUAUUUUGGUUUGAACGAGAGGACAUGAUUUGGUACUUGAUUCACUUCUAGCAAAGGCUAAAAGCAUCUUAACCUUCAUGUUCCAAGCAAGGCUGGCU